UUGGGUGGUGAUGAGUAUCAAAACUAUUUAGGUAUGGCGGAAUCAUUUAACAGCUGCUCUUAAUGAACUGGGCAUCUCCUUCCCAAAUAGGUAAGCGGAUGAGCACUGGAAAUAUUGUCCCGAUUAGGCAAUUGAUAAGACAACAAAUUUUUAGAGAGCGGGUCAAAAAUAAAAUUAUUUUCCAAGCUGUAGUGGUAUCAAACAGUGUCUGUUGAUGAGAUAUGAUUUAAAAUAAAUUAAAUUGAACAAAGAACCAGUUUGAUAAAGUAUAUAUAUAUAUUGCAUCUCUCCCCUUAGCUCGUUUGAAAAAGAUUAAUUUAAAGUCUUUUCUUCAUUAGUCUAAAUCAUCUAUCAAGUAAUUAUUCAAUAAUGGAAAGAUUAUCUCAACUUGCUAUUCAAACUACAGCAGCUGUUGCUCCUCCUCAACCUCCAAGUCAUCCUUUAGAUCCUUUAAGUCCUCAAGAAAUUGCUGCUGUUUCAGCCAUUGUUAAGCAAAAGUAUGUGGGUAAAAAGAUUUAUUUCAACACUGUUACUUUAAGAGAACCAAUCAAACGUGCUUAUUAUGAUUGGAAAGAACGUGCUGGUCCUCUUCCACCUCGUUUAGCUUAUUUUGUUGUGGUUCAAGAAGGUGUUACUGCUAUUCAAGAAGGUGUGGUUGAUAUUGGAUCUCAAGUUUUAAUUCAAUUGAAACAAACUGAAGGGGUUCAACCAAUCUUAACUCCUGGUGAUUUACAAGAUACUGAAGAUAUCGUUAGAAAUGAUCCUGAAGUUAUUAGACAAUGUGAAAUUAGUGGUAUUCCAAGAUCUGAAAUGAAAAAUGUUUAUUGUGAUGCUUGGACCAUUGGUUAUGAUGAAAGAUGGGGUGCUUCAAGAAGAUUACAACAAGCUUUAAUGUAUUGGAGAUCUCAUGAAGAUGAUUCUCAUUAUUCUCAUCCUUUAGAUUUCUGUCCUAUUGUUGAUAUGAAUGCAAAGAAAGUUAUCUUUAUUGAUAUUCCAAAUAGAAGAAGAAAAGUUUCUAAACAUAAACAUAAUAAUUUCCAUCCUCAAUCUGUAGCUGAAAGAUUUGCUACUGCUGAAAAUCCAUCUGGUUUUAGAGUUGAUGAUACUCCUUAUAAUGUUACUCAACCAAAAGGUGUUUCAUUCAAUAUGGAUGGUCAUGUUAUGAAUUGGUCUAAUUUCCAAUUCCAUAUUGGUUUCAAUUAUAGAGAAGGUCUUGUUUUAAGUGAUUUAACUUAUAAUGAUCAUGGUAAAGUUAGACCAAUUUUCCAUAGAAUUUCCCUUUCUGAAAUGAUUGUUCCUUAUGGUAGUCCUGAUUUCCCUCAUCAAAGAAAACAUGCUUUAGAUAUUGGUGAAUAUGGUGCUGGUAAUUGUACAAAUCCAUUAUCUUUAGGUUGUGAUUGUAAAGGUGUUAUUCAUUAUUUAGAUGCUCAUUUUCCAAAUAAAGAUGGUGAACCAACCACUGUUAAGAAUGCUGUUUGUAUUCAUGAAGAAGAUGAUGGUUUAUUAUUUAAACAUUCUGAUUUCAGAGAUGAUUUCCAAACUACCAUUGUUACUAGAGGUAAGAAAUUAAUUGUUUCUCAAAUUUUCACUGCUGCCAAUUAUGAAUAUUGUUUAUAUUGGAUCUUUAGACAAGAUGGUACUAUUAAAUUAGAAGUUAGAUUAACUGGUAUAUUAAACACUUAUAUUGCUGCUGAAGGUGAAAGUGCCGGUCCAUGGGGUACUGUUGUUUAUCCUCAAGUUAAUGCUCAUAAUCAUCAACAUUUAUUCUCUCUUAGAUUAGAUCCAAGAAUUGAUGGUGAUAAUAAUUCUGCUGCUACAAGUGAUGCUAAACCAUCUCCAUUCCCAUUCGGUUCCAAAGAAAACAUGUAUGGUAAUGCUUUCUUUGCUGAUAAAACUACUUUCAAGACUGUUAAAGAUUCUUUAACUGACUAUCAAUCUACUACUACUAGAACUUGGGAUAUCUUUAAUCCAUCAUCAAUCAAUAAACAUUCAGGUAAACCAGCAUCUUAUAAAUUGGUUUCUACUUUCUGUGCUCCAGUAUUAGCUCAAGAAGGGUCAUUAAUUCGUAAGAGAGCUCCAUGGGCUGUUAAUUCAGUUGAAGUUGUUCCAUAUCAAGAUGAAGAUUUUGGUUAUGGUAGAUUAUAUCCAUCUGGUGACCAUGUUGCUCAAUGGAGUGGUGAUGGUCCAAGAGGUAUGAGACAUUGGAUUGGUAAUGGUGAUGAUAAUAUUGAAAAUACUGAUAUUUUAUUAUUCCAUACUUUUGGUAUUACUCAUUUCCCAGCUCCAGAAGAUUUCCCAGUUAUGCCAACUGAAAUUUUCGAUUUAAUGUUAAGACCAAGACAUUUCUUUACUGAAAAUCCAGUCUUAGAUGUUAAACCAUCUUAUUCCAAGACUACUUCUGAAGUUAGAACUGGUAACAAGGGUGUUGACACUUGUUCAUUAAAUGUUGAUACUACUUCAAGAUUAGCUUUCAACGGUACUUCUGCUGAAACUACUUCAUCUUGUUGUUCUAAGAAAUAAGUAAAUAAAUAGUAUUAUUCUCUGUAUAUGUUAUUUUCCUUCUUUAUUUCAGUCUUCUCUUUUUAUCAUUUAUUCUAUAUGUUUCAUAGGUUUGUUAAUACAAUGUGUUUAUAAUAAGAACUUUGAUUUUGCAACUAAAAGUU